AUGCUGAGCACCGAGGCCCAGCAGGCGCUUCCACAUGAUGCACAGGUCGCUCUUCAACAAGUGGAUAAUUUGAAAUAUUUCCUCAUAUCUGCUCCUGUUGACUGGCAACCCGAUCAGUAUAUUCGCCGCUUCCUUCUUCCCACCGGCGAAUAUGUUUCUUGUGUGCUUUGGAACACGCUCUUCCACAUUUCAGGUACCGAUAUCGUACGGUGCCUAUCCUUUAGGUUCCAAGCCUUCGGCCGGCCCGUAAAGAACCCAAAGAAGUUUGAGGAAGGCAUCUUUUCAGACUUGAGAAACCUGAAGUCUGGUACAGAUGCCUCGCUUGAAGAGCCCAAAAGCCCCUUUCUCGACUUCCUGUAUAAGAACAACUGCAUCCACGCACUCGAACGCGACUUGAAGCGCGAGAAAAUGGGACAGGAAGCCACCACUGUUGCUGUGAGCGAGCCUGCGCUCUCCUUCCAGUACGACUCGUCUCAGUCGCUCUAUGAACAGUUGACGAAGGCUCAGCAGGUGAACUCAUCUUCUUUCAACGCCCAACAGGUGAAUUUCUCUCAAGCCCAAGCAACCUCGCCCGUCAUGCGUGCUAUGGAUUCUAUGCCUCCUCCCCAGAUGCUCCCUCAGUCGGUCGCCCCUUUAGUGGAUGGAAUGGACCCCAUGGCUACAUAUGGCGCGAUGAAUAUGGGUCCAGUCAUGAAUCAACAGGUUAUCAAACGAGAGCCUGAUAUGACCCGGGUGCAAUACAAUCAGAAUGGAGUCCCUGUGGCGCAAGCUCAUCAGCGUCAUGCCUCCAUGCCUGCAUAUGGCCUAGAGUACUCCCCUGCCCCUUCGUUUGUUUCAUCACACUAUGAAGACUAUAGCAAUCGUGGAAUCUCCUUUGAGCCCAUCACACCUCCCCAGCAAGCUCUGGCGAUUAGUGCCGAACCAGCAUAUAUUGCUAAUGAGGAGACGGGGCUUUACACCGCCAUCCCUGACCAUUUGGCGAGCGUGAAUGGACUCAAUGGCAUGAUCCAGCUUCCGCCUUCUAACCUAGCGGGCAAUCAAUUCACUCGUGCCUAUGGUACCAACAAUGUGUAUUCCGUCAUUGAAGGCUCCCCAACCUACAAGCAACGGAGAAGGCGGUCUUCCAUUCCUCCCUCGAUGUCGGCUAUAAGUACCGCUCCUGGAGGGGCUGCUGUUGUUGCUCCAAACGCCCACCGCCCUUCGGAUCUGCGGAGGUCUGUCUCUGUCUCCGUCGGUCCUGUUCCUGAGGGAGAGGAGUCUGCCGAUAAUUCUCCUCCUGGGUUGACGUACAGCACCAUGUCCAUCAGCAGCCAGCAACAUAAAGAGAUGCUUGAACUCUCUCGCCAUGGAACCCCUUUGUCAGCUGUUGAGGGAAGCCCCGCCCUGAAUCCUAUGUCACUUCAGCAAGAUUUUUCGCAAUUAACUGGGGAAGAACUCACUGGAGAAACAACGAUUAAGGGACUCCAAGGACCGAAUGGUGUUGUGCGCCGUGCGCGCUCCGCUACUGUGAUGGAGCUUGGUCCCUAUCCCCAGAAGUCGCAUUCUUGCCCCAUCCCCACGUGCGGGCGUCUCUUUAAGCGCCUGGAGCACCUCAAGCGACAUAAACGGACCCAUGACCGCCCUGAAGGAGCUGGCGAUGGUUCCGGCUACAACCUCUCAGGCGAGGAUGAAGAGGAGUAUUCUGGCGAAGACCAGCUAGGCUCCGUAGAAGAAGCUUCUCCUACCUCCGAGAAUGCCUACGUUUCAACUUCCCUCAAUGCUAUUGCCAAUGGGUCGGUGACGGGCCCCGGUGGGGUUCUGCCAGCGACGAGCGAUCCCGGCACGCUCAAGAUGUAA